UUUCUAUCCAAUUACCAAGGUCAUAAUCUUUGUUUAGCAACUAAAAUAUUGUGCCAACCAAUCAUCCAAUGAAAGCACAGCAUAAAAACAAAAACUGAUUAGCAGGCAUAGAUCAGACAAUUACAACUUAACAAGAUGGAUAAUCUGCUUAAAGGUUUAAAGUACUUGGAAAAACUAUUAAAACACUGGCAAGUAGAAAUAUACAACUGCGUAUUUGUAUAACUAAAAUAGUGGAGGAUGCCUUUUUCUACUCCCAAUAAGAAGAUUGAUAUUUUUUUUUUUUUUUUUUUUUUUGCUCAGGAGCAAGUGAGAGCGAUAAAGACAAAGGAUGUAAACGAGUUUUUGAUUUCAUACCGCUCCUCAACACUUUAACUAAUUAAGGUAGUUGAUCAUCCACGUAAGAAAACCAAUAUUUUGGGUGGUUUUUUAUACACUCUGACAUUAAAAAUUAAUUUCUGCCAUGUGUAAGGAUAUUUAGGAAAGUUUUGUAACUAAUAUUUUAAAAAAUGGACGUAUAAAUCUACUACUAGAGAUGGGUUUAACGUUUUAAUUUGGUGUGAACUACUUAAUCAAAAUCAAUAGUAUACGUCAAAAACUAGUAAUUUCGUGACCCCUCUACCCGAAGAAUUGCUACCUCUAUAUAAGGCAUACCCUCUAUCAGGAUAUCUAUUCUCUCCGCUCUUUACCACCAACAGAUAUUCAAUUUUUUUUAUGCAUUUCCAAAGGAUCAUAACCUAUUCAAUCAUUCAUCUUUCUGACAUUAAUUCAUUCAAUAUUCUCACAUUCAGCUAUUAGUUCCACAAACUCAUCCCAUCUUUGCUCUCAAUCUUUUCCUUAAUCCCUUCUUUCUGCAAUAAAAUGCAGACUUCAACAUCUCAUUCAAGUUCUUUCUCGAAUGAAGAUUCUGAGCAUGACCACUAUGAUUCAAGGUCAGCUUCCUUCUCUUCGCUCCCAAGCCUCCCAAGAGUUCCAGGCCUUACAGUGCAUCCCAAUCAACUAAACCAUCUUUCCAGCGCCUUACACCAGUGCAUAACCACUCUCACAGGACAUACCUCCUACAUAUUCUCUCUUACUUUGGCUGGAAAAUAUCUCUACACAGGCUCCUCCGACAAUGAAAUUCGAGUAUGGAAACGUAACCCCUUCAGCUAUGAAGCUGAUGAAGAGAGCCUAGCUAAUAACGUGGUGGCAGUUGGAAAAACUGCAGUGAAGUCUCUGGUUGUUUUAGCUAACCAGCUCUUCAGUGCACAUCAAGAUUGCAAAAUCCGGAUAUGGAAGAUAAAAGCCCAGGAACCAUUUAAGAACAUAAAAUAUGAAAAAGUCGCUACCCUACCCACACUUGGUGAUCGUACUAAGAAACUUCUAAACCCGAACAACCAAGUUGAGAUUCGUAGACAUAAGAAAUGUACAUGGGUACAUCAUGUUGACACUGUCUCUGCGAUAGCUUUAUCGCAAGACCAGUCCCUGCUCUAUUCUGUUUCAUGGGACAGAACACUAAAAAUCUGGCAAACAUCUGACUUCAAAUGUUUGGAGUCAGUUACGAAUGCACAUGACGAUGCAAUAAAUGCAAUCGCAGUGUCUUAUGAUGGAGAUAUUUACACAGGAUCAGCAGAUAAGAAAAUCAAAGUAUGGAAGAAACUCCCAGGAGACAAGAAGCAUACUCUGGUCAACACGCUAGAGAAGCACAUUUCAGGAAUAAACGCCUUAGCACUUAGUCCUGAUGGGUUGUUGCUGUACUCAGGGGCGUGUGAUAGAUCAAUAUUAGUGUGGGAAAAGAGUUGUGAUGAUGAUAGCAUGGAACUUCUAGGAGCACUACGGGGCCAUUCCAAAGCCAUAUUGUGCUUGGCCACCGUUGAUGACUUGAUUUUCAGUGGUUCAGCUGAUAAAACUAUACGAGUUUGGAGAAGGGUUGAAGGAAGCUAUGUUUGUCUGGCGGUACUGGAAGGACACCAGGGUCCAGUCAAGUGCUUGACUGCAGCAGCUGAUGCUUACUACCCUCAUAAUAGCAUGCCAUCCUCUAAUUAUCUUGUUUAUAGUGGUAGUUUAGAUUGUGAUAUUCGAGUAUGGCAGGUGUUGGUAUCUAAUUGAUUCAUCAUCUAUGCAUAAAAUCUAGUACCAGAUAGCAAAGUAUCUCCCAGCUAGUUAUAAAUUUAAGUUCCACAAAUUGCAGAUUUGCAAUGUGCACUUCAGUGUUUGAUGAAUAAUUUAAGAUAAUAUUAAAAAUUUCCAAUAUUGCACA